AUGACGGGCGUCGGUAAUUUGGCAGUGAGAAAGUUUCGUCCGGCUUCGUGGCUGCAGAAAGCGGGAUACGCUCCGCAAGUGUUCGUAUUCAGAAACCUGGAGUCAGGACAAGUGGUGUACUCGCAGUUCCCCAACUUCACCCAGAAGCAAGUAGAUACUCUGUUCCAGCGGCCCAACUGGGAGAACAAGAAGCCUUCGACAAGACGUGAUGUGUGGAAAUGCAUGUGUGUCGUCGACAUGCCCGACUACGAAUCGAGCGUUAAGCUAUAUCAGAAUCUACGCAGAUUGCGGUAUCUGCGCGAUGUCCGCAUGCCCAAGGAGGCCCAAUCCUUGAGAAAGAAGAACGACGACGGCAACGUCUGGUAUAGCGCCCAGUACAGACCCACAUACGCGCAGGAAGCCGUGGCAGAUUUGAUAGAAUCGCUUUCCAAGACGCUCAGACAUACCAAGGAGAAGGAGGCGACCCUCCAUUGGGAAGACCCCUGGAGGAUGGGCGACAAGGCCAAAUACUGGUCGCCAGCGCUGCCCACGGUGAAGCAUACUGUGAUGAGCCGUUUGGGGAACAGUGCCAGGGAGCAGAGUUCGAUACUACGAGAGCUCGGCGAGAAGGCCAAGCAGGAGUUUCUCAAGUUCAAAGAGCAACAAAAGCAGGCAGAUUCAAUCUCUCUCUGA